CUCCUCCAUCAACAAACGACACAAGCUCCCUCCUCCCAAACAUACCAACAAAUCAAAUCAAACCCAAUCAAAUAAUUUAUACGCAACAAUCUCAGCUUGCAGAAGAUGGUGAAAUCUUCGGCCCCCACCGAGAAAACCUUAGCCGAGAGAAGCGAUUCUUCUUCGCGUUACAGGGGAGUAAGAAAGAGGAAAUGGGGGAAGUGGGUCUCGGAGAUCAGGCUACCCAACACCAGAGAGCGAAUAUGGCUGGGCUCCUAUGACACACCUGAGAAAGCCGCCAGGGCUUUCGAUGCUGCGCUCUUCUGCUUGCGAGGUCUCAACGCCAAGUUCAAUUUCCCCGACAACCCACCCCAGAUCCCCGGUGCUGAGUCUCUCUCACCCCCUCAAAUUCAAGCGGCUGCUGCCCGGUUCGCAAACGAGCCGCAAGAACCUCACUCUCACUCGUUACUAUCUGACAAUCCAUCGCCGUCGUCAACGUCGGAUGGUGCAGUACCAGCGGAUAGCGACGUGUCCAUAGACUGGUCCUUCUUCGAUUUCGUGACGACGUUGGGAUUGGGUGAAGGAGUAUUGUCGGACUUUGCGGGGUUCCCUGGGAUUCAGGAUUUCUCCACCCAGUAUUUUCCGCUGCCACAGCCCAAUACUGCUUUUACAGUUACCGAUACCACUGAUGCUGUCGACGAUGAUGCGUUGACGGUGAACUAUGGCUCUGGGUCCCAUUCUCGUCAUUCCUCCUUUAUAUGGAACUUCUAGAGGCUCGUUUGAUAACGUUUCAAGAAACGCGUUUCUGCCGUUUCUGAUUUCAGAAGCAGCAGAAACAGAACAAAAAGCAUUUGAUAAAACUAUUCCAUUUCACUUAUUUUUAUAAAUAAAAAUAUAAAUUUUUAUUUAUUUAUGAUUCAAUAAAUGACUUAGGCGAAACAAGUUGAACUUGUUUCACCGUUUCUGAAAAUGAUUUGUGGUAGUUCUUUCACUGGUUACCAUCGACUUCUAAAAGCAUGACUUAUCAAACACCUUCAAUUCCGUUUCUGUUUCUAGAAAAGAAAAUUUAUGUUUCUACCGUUUCUUGAAAUAGAAACGGUAGAAACAUUAUCAAACGGGCCCUAGAUAUAAUCCAACACUAAACUGCGUAAUAGUGAGUGUAAUUACACAGUAUCAGUGUAAAAUGUAGCUAACUGCACUCGGUGGUUCAUGAUUUUUGGUAACUUUUUUUUUUUUUUUUUCUUGAUCGGUGAUUUUUGGCAACACUUUUUUUUUUCUUUUUCCAAUUGCCGGAAUCACUCAACUAUACUUACACCCGAUCAAUGGCCCGUCACUCUUUUUUUGUUUGGAAAAUAAGAAAAUAUUGUACCAUUGUAUCAUUUUUUAUGUUUUUAUUGAAAAGUGUAUAUGCAAUCAAUUCUUAAUGACAUAAACAUGAUUUUUCCCCUUCCUCUUUCGGAUAUUGAUGAAGGAGUAUUAAACAAAAAAUAAUGUAUAAUUUGUAAUGUGUAUACUUAAAUAAAGGAAGAAAAAAAGGUCAGCA